AAUUCAUAUGGAUUUCGGACAGAGCUUGACAUAUUCAUACUAAAAGAAACGGCAUUACCGUGUCUUUCCUUAAUAACGUUAAUAAAAGGGGUACAAAGUUAACGAUUUCUUUUCAUUGAGAAUCUGCUCAAGCAACUUUAAUACCCAAAAGACUUACUUACUUACGAAUGAUUCAAACAUUGCGGAUAUACACAGAACUUCGUGCACUAUAUAUCAAAAAAUCUAUCAUAUUCAAUUCUGGAUUAUAAACAAAAUGGCAAAUAGAAAACAUCAAAUGUGUGAGAAAUGCAGCAGCCAGUCUUUGAUGUCCGUGUUAAAUAAAUUUGUGGAGACAGUAAACAUUAUGGACGAUAAGGUAAUGGUACCAAGCCGUCUCCGGGAUAUGGAACUGAAUCAGAACUCUAACAUGGAUGUAACAGAGGAAAACAACAACAUGUCGGUGAUACCAUUCUCGUCGGGCAACGGCGAGGACUUAUACAGUCAUUUUGUUAUGAUUAACGCUGUCAAGAAUGAACUAUUAAGUGGAAAGGGUCCGCUUAGCUCCCAUAGAAUCGCCGGUACAAGUGAAUCCGACGGAGAAUCAGACACUCUCAGUGAUGACUCUUCCGACGACGGUGCUAUUGACGCCGCCGGUAAAACCGCUCAAGCGUUCAGACAUCAUCUACAAGGAUUAUUUGGACUUCUACACCAGUUAAGUGACACUGCAAAAUUUUUGGGCGAUGCUUACGAAGAGCAAGUUGGUGGAAAGAAAACGAAAAAAUUCACUUUCUGAAUUGAAAAUAAAUAUUCUAAGUGCUAUGUUUAGUAGAUAGUGUUCAUAAAGUCAAUGCAACAGUCACCAGGUGCUUCCAUCAAUCUGUUUUAAUCAGAUGAGUACGUGUUCUCUCGAACAUGGACAUAAAUCAGUCAACACUCACGUGCGUUUCACGUGCUUCAUCUCGCAGCAAUGCAUUCAUAAUGCAUUUUGACAGGGAAAAAUAAAAUCAAGCAUUUUGACAACUACGCAUUAAGCAUGAAAACAUGUCAUAAUAUCGUAGUUAAAUCUGCAAUAUUAAACAGCUUUUAAAUUCUUUCUUUUCUUAAACUAGCUUAAGCUAGUUAAUGACCUGUCAUGUUGGCAUGUCAGUGCGUUGUCAUUUGUGGUUAAUUGAGUAAGCAUGUGAUUUAGCAAGUGAUUUCAUCAUAUGAGCCGUGCCAUGAGAAAACCAACACAGUGGCUUUGCGACCAGCAUGGAUCCAGACCCUGCCUGCGCAGUCUGGUCAGGAUCCAUGCUGUUCGCUUUUAAAGCCUAUUGGAAUUGGAGAAACUGUUAGCGAUCAGCAUGGAUCCUGACCAGACUGCACGGAUGCGCAGGCUGGUCUGGAUCUAUGCUGGUCGCAAACAGACUAUGUUGGUUUUCCCAUGGCACGGCUCAUAUAUUCUUCAAGGUCUGCAGCAGUGCAUUUGGAAGUAGUGAUUAAAACUCACAUGAUUUUGUUUAAAGAUAAUGAUGUAGGGUGCUUCUUUCUCUAUGAAUUUAAGUAUUAUAUAUUUACAACUUAGAGCACUUUUACCUUUAUACGUCACAUGGGCCUAUCCCGGAUAUUUUAGUGCGCAUACUUGAUGUAAAUACUUCAGUGAAUGUAUGUUCUAUUUACUUUUCGUUACGCACUAGUUGCAUUCAUGGUGUUAUUACUUAUCAACGUUUAAUAGUCUGUGUUAUUGAUCGGUCUGUAGUUCAGCAUUAAAUUGUGCUGGAUUAAAUUCAAACUUGAAAUGAAAAUUUAGUUUUUGAUGCAAUGUGAUAAAAUACUUAUUGAAUAACUUGUCGGUCAAUAGUCAGUACAAUUUAUGUCUUUAUAUCAUGACUUCUUACCGAAAGGCCUAUCGGUUAGUAGUCAAAACUGUUGACCGGCAAGCUAUUCAAUAACAUUAUACAUGUAUAUAAAAUAUAGGUUACCAAUGCGCAAAAUCAUAUAUUUAUUUCACGGUUCAAAACCAGCUUUCUUUUUCUUAUUAUGAUACUUUAAUAUUAACAAAUUACAUCGUGCAUUAUAUGCUAAUGUAUUUAUUAUCAUUGUUUAUAUUUUCCAUUCAUGUUGUAUAAUUAUUUAUUUGCCUAUUUCAUAUAAACAUUUUUUUUCUUGUUAAGUAUUUGUUGAUAUACUAAUUGACAAAGUUAAAGAAAAAGAUACGAUUAAUCAUAAAA